GCGAACACAAAAGCCCUUGCUCUGCAAACAGCCUGGAAUAGGUUUUGUGCUAUCAUCAGUACAAAUUUGCCCUCUGUAGGACACUGUGGCCGUUUCCUGUGUUGCGCGUGUGUGUGUGUGUAUAUGUGUGUGUGUGAUUUAUGUCCUCAGAGUCGUGGAAAUCAAACGGUGAUGAGGGCAGCCUGCAGGACGGGGGCGAAGAGGGGAGGCUGAUGUUUUCUGCUGAUGUGUGCAUCAGCCGGUGGAGAUGAAGCGUAUAAAUUUGGAGGGGUGACGGUCAGAGCGGAGGAGAUUUGUGGGACCUGCUGCCGCUGCUGCUGCUCGCCACGCUACAACCGGCAGCUCGUUAUAAAGCAUCAUGGAAGCAGCCAUCAAAACGCUGGUCACCCAGUUCAAGAUGCACGCCGGGGAAGACGGCUCCUCCUGCACCCUGAGCCAAGAGGAGUUCUGCAGCCUGGUGACCACUCAGCUCCCCAACUACGUCAAGAGCAGCGACACCGGGGCGAUCCACAAGCUCAUGAGCUCACAGGACGAGAACAAUGACGGGGAGCUGACCUUCUCCGAGUUCUGGAAGCUGAUUGGACAGCUGGCCAGCGAAAAGGAGGGAGGCCUCAGUUAAGCCCGCCGCCGUCGCCUGCCGUCCGUGGCGCUGGGCCGGUCGCGCGCCGCCAACCCGCCCAGUUUGGGUCGUAAACUGACUGGGCGCUUCGAUCCUCUCAGCUCUCCACCGGCUCCACAUGUGAAAGUCAUUUGUUAACCAUUUGUUGAUUGCAGGGGAACUUUGAAUUAAAGGCUUCAUUGUCUCGACUCCU